UCGUCCCAAGAUGGCGGGCGGGGGUUGGUCGCGCAGGGUCGGGGCCGCCGCCGCAGCCGCCGCCGUGCUGAGGAGCCGCGGGCUGGGCGAGCGGCGGCUGCCGCUGCUGUGGCUGCUGCGGGGGCUCAGCCUCCCGCCGCCUCCUCCCGCGGCUUCGGCCCGACGCCUCCUCCCGCUCUGCGCCGGGCUCUGCGCCGCGGGGACGAAGCGCGUUGCCGCCGCCUCCUUCCACACCAGCUCCGUGUCCCGCGCCAAGGAGGACUAUUACCAAGUGCUGGGGGUGCCCCGCAACGCCACGCAGAAGGAGAUCAAGAAGGCCUAUUACCAGCUGGCAAAGAAAUACCACCCUGAUACAAAUAAGGAUGACCCUAAAGCUAAAGAGAAGUUCUCUCAGCUGGCAGAAGCCUAUGAGGUGCUGAGUGACGAGGUGAAACGGAAGCAAUACGACGCGUACGGCACCGCCAGUUUUGAACCUGGUGCUGGCGCUGGCGCUGGUGCUGGUGCUGGCGCUGGCUCGGGGAGGCAGUACUGGAGCAGUGGCCCAUCCAUUGACCCCGAAGAGCUUUUCAGAAAAAUCUUCGGAGAGUUUUCAGGAUCCUCUUUCGGUGAUUUUCAGAAUGUCUUUGACCAGCCACAGGAGUACAUCAUGGAACUGACCUUCACCCAAGCUGCAAAAGGUGUUAACAAGGAGAUUGUGGUGAACAUCAACGACUCCUGCGAGCGGUGCGAUGGCAAAGGACACGAACCCGGUACCAGUGCUCAGCGCUGCCACUACUGCAAUGGCACUGGCAUGGAGACAAUAAACACGGGCCCUUUCGUCAUGCGCUCGACGUGCCGGCGCUGCGGUGGCCGUGGCACCAUCAUAACCACCCCCUGCGUGGUGUGUCGAGGGACAGGGCAAACCAAACAGAAGAAGCAUGUGGUGGUUCCUGUGCCAGCUGGUGUUGAGGACGGGCAGACAGUUCGGAUGCCUGUGGGGAGGAAAGAAAUUUUCAUUACAUUCAGGGUUCAAAAAAGUUCUGUGUUCAGAAGAAAUGGAGCAGAUAUCCAUUCGGAUCUCCUCGUUUCAAUAGCACAGGCUGUUCUGGGAGGCACAGCCAGAUGUCAAGGCUUGUAUGAGACAAUCAAUAUCACGAUACCUCCUGGUAUUCAGCCAGACCAGAAGAUUCGACUGAGUGGGAAGGGCAUUCCCAAAGUUAACAGCUAUGGCUAUGGAGACCACUACAUUCACAUAAAGAUAAGAGUUCCUCAGAGGCUGACAGAUCGCCAGAGAGCCUUAAUGAUGAGCUACGCUGAGGACGAGGCAGAUGUGGAGGGCACGGUGAAUGGGGUGACAAACACAGCAUCAGGUGGCAGGGCCAAGGCUAGAGCUGGCACAGGCGGGGAUAGGCCUGAGGCUGAGGAGAACAAGGAGGGAUUCCUUUCCAAACUUAAGAAAAUGUUUAGCUCCUGACACCCCAUCCGAGGGAAGCGUUCUACUGGAAACUAAGAGCCAGCAGCAGCUCCUCGCCUUUGCAGCUGGGGUGAAUCUUUCUGGCAGCAGGCUCUGGAGAGUGAAGAAGGUCAGUCAGCAGCACGGAGAGAAUCCCAGCUGGAGAGGUGACAAAACACUGAGGCGCCAACAGUCAUCAGGAUGCCAAACCCCUCUGCUGUCCCAGCACAUGGUAACGAAGGAAAAUGCCACCUUUGCAGGAAUGCAGCUCCCUCUCCAGGGUGCUCCACAGGUCCUAUGGCUGCUGGAAGCUUAUGUGGCAAAAAUUAGAGUGGAAAUAUUAUUUAGAAUCCCAGAUAGUGAAAAUGUGAAAUAAAACUUGUCCUUCCAGCUCAGAGUGGAGCAGUUUGCUCUAUGGAGCCCGACGUGGCUGCUGCUCCCUCAGGUGCCCUGCUGAAUGCAAGAUGUACUUGAUAAAUGUCACCUCCUUAGCUCCAUCCCAGGAGGCCCAGUGGGUCACUGGGUUUUGGCCCUGUCUUCAUGGCAGCCCUCCUGGCUCCCCAGCACAUCUCUGAGUGGGAAGUCUCCCUGUGGCUGGGACUGGUCAGAGCCCAGCUGCCCUGGGGUUUCUUAGUCCUGCUGAUUUCCUGCACAAAGAGCAGUGAUGGAAUCUGCACUUUGCCUCAGGUUUCCCUCCUCCCUCCCCAAAUUAACCCCAGUUACCACACAAAUGCUGUCAGCUUCUGAAGGGGUGUAAGUUUAUCACCGAGCCCUUUGCCAGUUUGGGACAAAGUUUUUAUUACAUUAGUGCAACCCCCAAGCAUAAAUGAAUGGUCAGAGUUUUGUUCUACACCUGUGAGAACACAAAGUGAAGUGGAUCACUCCUGCCAGGGGGAGUUGAGCUCUUACAGUGAGCAUUUCCAUGGUUACUGUAGCCCUGUUGGUAAUGACACCGUGCAGGUCCCUCCAGCCCACAGACUGACCAGUUCUCAGGACAGGUCACAGUCUUGCCCUCCUUAAUUUGCUGAAUUAAAGCACGCGUUGCCUCCUGAUGACACUGUCUGUAAAGUGAUUCUGUAUCCAUGUAAAUAAGAUGGACUUGAUAAAGAUAUUUAACACGU